AUGGUGAAGAAAAUAAUUCUCCAAGAAGAACGAGAAGGAGAAGAAGAAGAGAAGGAGAAUUUUCCUCUAAUUACAACCAAAGUAGUUGAAUACUUACAGCCAGUAAUGUGUCGCGAGCUGCUCUGCAAAUUCCCAGACAACUCUGCUUUCGGAUUCGACUACUCACAGAGCUCAAUCUGGUCUCCUCUCUUGCCUCGAAAUUACGCUAGUCCUUCAGAUCUUGACUCUGACAGCUGCGUUUGUCGGAAACUUGAGCUCGGAGAGUUUCAACAAGGCAAGAAGAAGAUGAAGAUGAAGAAGCUAAUGACAAAGAAGAAAACGUUAGUGAAAUUAGAUAUCUCUCCGACAGAAAACGAAGAUUCUCCUAAAUUUGGCUGCUUUGCUCUUCCUACCAAGAGAUGGGAUGGUGUUCUAAAGGCAGCUUCAAGACACUUCAAGAAAUCGAGAAAGAAGAAAGAUUCAGUCGCUGAUGUCAAGCUUCUCAACUUCUGCAAAUGUUAA